AUGUCGCUGCCUGAGGUCUUCUUCGGUACGAUGACGUUCGGCUGGUCCCAGGCGAGCAGCAAAGUGGAUGAUGCCGUAGCAUACGAGAUGCUCAAGAAGUUUGUGGACCUCGGAGGUGUGCAAGUUGAUACGGCCCGAAUCUACUCUGCUGGUGAGACGGAGAACAUCCUGGGACGGAUUCUCCCCAAGCUUCGUGGAGAAUCAAGUGCCGCGGAGAAAGAUUUGAUCCUUGGUACCAAAGUACAUCCAUCACAACCCAAUGGACUCUCGGAGAUUGGCAUCAGAAAGCAGCUGGAAGCAUCAUUGAAGGCGAUGAAUGUGUCUCGUGUUGAGAUUUUGUACUUGCAUCAGCCAGACCCAGAGCAUGAUUUGCUGGAAUCGCUACAAUGCGUACAGCAGCUAAUAAAAGAAGGUCUUGUUGGAAGGUAUGGCAUGAGCAACUACAGUGCUAUCGAGGUUGAUCGUUGCUGUACUCUUUGCAAGGACCGUGGCUGGUCCAUGCCUUCAGUUUACCAGGGCCUCUACAAUCCAUUGAACCGACUGGCAGAGGCAGAAUUGCUACCUGUACUUCGCAAGUUCGGCGUUUCCUUUGUCGCAUAUAACCCAUUGGCAGCAGGUUUGCUGACCGGCAAGCACUUGGCGACUGAUGAUGUUCUCCCUGGUCGCUUCAAGGACAAUCCAAACUACUUGCCGCGCUUCUACACAAAGCCAAACUUCGAUGCCUUGUCUGGGAUUAGAUCAGCUUGCGAGGAAGCCAAAAUAUCCAUGGUUGAUGCGACAUAUUCUUGGCUGUUGCAGCAUUCUACUCUGAGUGCUGCAAAGGGUGAUGGCAUUCUGCUUGGCGCUUCAUCGACAUCUCAGUUGGAACAGAACCUGUCUGCCUGCAAAAAUCCCGUGUCACUUCCACCUCCAGUGCUUGCAGCCUUUGAUGCUGCAUGGCCAGUAGUACAGGCUGGUGGAGAUGUGUUCCCUUACUGGAGAUCCUACUCAAAGGACCAGCCAGGAAGAGAAUCUUUACCACCUGGAGCCUCAUACUCUGCGGCCAAGAAGUAG